AUGUGGAUGCUUCCAGGACAGAACCAAAGCUGGGUUUCUGAAUUUAUCCUGCUCGGCUUCUCUAGUGACCCCAAGUCCAACAGGAUCCUCUUCACUGUCUUCCUUCUCCUCUACCUGAGCUCAGUCCUGGGAAAUGGGCUCAUCUUCACCCUGAUCUGCCUGGACACGCAUCUCCACACUCCCAUGUACUUCUUCCUCUGUAUUCUCUCCCUGAUGGAUAUGGGCUACAUCAGCACCACCAUGCCCCAGAUGUUGGUGCAUCUUCUCGGUCACUCUCAGACCAUCUCCUUUGCUGGCUGCUGGAUGCAGAUGUAUAUGGUUGGUGCCCUGGGCCUGACUGAGUGCAUCUUAUUUGUAGUCAUGGCAUAUGACAGAUACGUGGCCAUUUGCUACCCACUGCGUUACACUGUCAUCCUCAGUUGGGGCCUGUGUAGGUGGUUGGCGGCUGGGACAUGGGCUUGUGGUUUUUUCUUCUCUCUGAUCCAUACCUUCUUCACCAUGAGGCUGCCGUAUUGUGGGCCCAACAUGGUCAACCACUACUACUGUGAAGGCCCCUCGGUACGGAGCUUGGCUUGCAUGGACACUCGCCUCAUUGAGAUGGUGGACCGCGUCAUUAGUGUCUUUGUGGUUGUUGUCCCACUCUCCCUUAUUCUGGCCUCCUACAUCCAUAUUGCCUUGGCCAUUCUCAAGAUCAAGUCCACCAGGGGCCGCUGCAAAGCUUUCUCCACCUGUGCCUCUCACCUGACUGUGGUCACAUUCUUCUAUGUUCCAGUCACUUACAUCUACACGAAGCCCAAAUCCAGCUAUUCCCCUGAGCAAGACAAGCAUAUAUCACUCUUUUACAGUGUCUUCUCUGCUCUGCUCAACCCUGUGGUCUACAGUCUGAGGAACAAGGACAUUAAGGUGGCUUUUCUCAAGGUGAUGGGGCGUGGUAGAGUGGCCUGGUAA